GUCAAACGCUUUCAUACAAAAGUAAGGUGUAUCGAAAGGCGAGCUCUAUUCUUAUUUCAAGUGUUGCCGCAGUUUUUAAUUCACCUCAAGUUUGGUGCCCAUGUCGCGAAGGACUCGAGGAAGGCAGGAGUGGGACGUGCGUGCUUCCACAUUAGCUCGUAAUACCACUAACACCAUACGGAACGUCGUCGAAAACCUACAAGUUGAACCGAACCCCCAAAAGGAAUUUAUCGCUCUUUCGAUUGGUGAUCCAACAACUUUUGGAAACCUAAAUCCUCCGGAACAAGUAUUGGAAGCUAUUAAAGCAAGUGUUGAAUCGGCGAAAAGUCGAGGCUAUGCUCCUGCUAAGGGUCAUUUAGAGGCAAGAGAAGCAGUCGCCGAAUACAGUGCACAUCAAGGCAAUGUAACCGCUAACGAUGUCAUUCUAUCUAGUGGAGCUUCGCACGCGAUUGAGCUUGCUAUCACCGCUUUGGCGGAUUCCGGACAGAACAUACUUGUACCACGACCUGGUUUCAUGAUCUAUCAGACCCUAGCUGAAGGACUGGGGAUAACCGUAAAAUAUUAUAGUUUAUUGCCAGACGAACAAUGGAAAGUAGAUAUAGAUGACUUAGAAAGUCAAAUUGAUGAAGACACAGCUGCAAUUGUUGUAAUAAAUCCAUCCAACCCUUGUGGCUCUGUUUACGACAAGGAUCAUUUGAGCGAAAUCUUAGAUGUCGCCUCUAGAAACCACGUGCCGAUUAUAGCUGAUGAAAUUUAUGAACAUUUUGCUUUUUCGGGUCACAAGUUCCAUGCCAUAUCAUCGUUAUCCAAAGACGUACCAAUACUCACUUGUAGUGGGCUUACUAAAAGAUUCUUAGUUCCUGGGUGGAGAAUGGGAUGGGUAAUAAUCCAUGAUCGUCACAAUAUAUUCGGGAAAGAAAUUCGCAAUGGACUAAAUAAUUUAGCAACAAGAAUCCUGGGACCCAGUGUCCUAGUUCAGUUAGCACUUCCAUCUAUUCUUAAAUACACACCACAGAGUUUCUUUGAUGACGUUAUCUUAUUUAUUGAGAAUCAAGCAAAGUCGGCAUAUGAAGUAUUACGUAGGGCUCCUGGACUGCGACCAAUUAUGCCUCAAGGUGCCAUGUACAUGAUGAUUGGUAUUAAAAUGUCACUUUUCCCUACUAUCAAAAAUGAAAUUCAAUUUGUAGAGCGUCUUGUUAAGGAACAAUCUGUCUUUUGUUUACCAGGAAAGUGUUUUGAAUACCCAAAUUAUAUGAGAAUUGUACUAACAGUACCUGAAGAAUAUUUACGAGAAGCUUGCCAAAGGAUAACUUUAUUCUGCAAAGAGCAUGUGGAUUAUGGAGAGAAGAGGAAAGAAAUUGAAAACGACGAUGUGACCGUAACAAAUACUAUUGAAGUUUUGAGUGAAAGUGACAUAUCAGUUCAUACAUAAGAUGAAACCUUGUUUCUGUUAAUUACUUAGAAAUAAAUGAAAGGUAAUUUAGGAAAUAAACUUAAUCUUUUUUGUUA